AUGCACGAAACACCCACUGAGUUUGGAAUCUUAAUAACUGACAGAUAUCCACAAACAAUAUCAAACGGUGUAGUGCGUUAUGGCAUGCACAAUAUCAACGAUGAUAAAUCUUUGAGUGAUUAUUUGGGAUCGCCGGAAGAAUAUCGUGAUUUAGUAUUCAUUAAUGUUCUUGAGAUGUAUGUUGAAAAGAUACCUCGGGAAGAAAUCCCUCAAGUCCAGCCUAUUCAUGGUAACACUUAUGGGGACUUUAGUUCUUAUGGAGACAUUUUGAGUGGUCAAGUGCCGUUGGAAAAUCUAAGCCAGCAAUUUAAUCAAGCUUACAAUGAAAAUUGGAACUAUUCUCAAAACUCACCAGUGGUACCAAAUAUGGAUGUUGGUCAAUCCUCUCAGUUCGGUGGAGUUGAUCAUUCUCCACACCAUGACAAAGCGCUUAUGAACAACGAAGAAGGUCGUGAUGAUGCAUUUGUCUUCACAAGAGAAGAUUAUGAUAGUCGCUUAAAAACCUGGAUUGAACCUAAGGAUCUCAACAAAGAUUGA